AUGAACAAUUCUAUUGAAAAUUUAGUAAAAAAAUUAAAUAUAUUAUUGGAUGAUUGUCAUCAACUUAUACCAUUAAUAUCUUUAUUAAAUUCACCAACAUCUCGUUCAGAUGUAUUUAUGCUCUUCGGUAUUGGUUAUACUCAUAUAGCAUUUUCAUCUGAACAAGCAUCAAUUGCUUAUAUUUGUGGAUCAACAUAUUCAACCAAUUCAAAAUAUUCUAUUCGUCUUGAUCAUGAAUUAAAAGCUAUUGAAGAAGCAUGUCAAGGAGCAGUUAUUGAUACAGAUAUUGUUUCACCAAAUGUUUUUGAUUUUUAUCUUAAUUCUGAUGCACCUAUUCAAGGCACAGCAAAACCAAUGCUUUAUCAAGUCUUAUGUAAUGAAAUUGGUUUUACAUCAAAUGAAAUACAAAUAUUAACAUAA